GACUGUUUACGAUCGAAUGAGUAGAGUAUCCAACAGCUGAUAAAUAGAUUUCUAAUAAGUAUGAGACGAAAAUUGAUCGUAGCGAUGAAGGAGAUAUUCUACAAUGUGCAGUUCAACAGAAAUAGUCACAAAAAUAAUUUGAAAAGGUUAAGAAAAUAUUACGAGCAGAGCGAGUUGUCGAAUUUUUGGGAAAUAUUUGUGUCCUGCUUUAAGCUUCCGCUUACUAACGGUCAGCAUCAUCGGCACAUUGAAUAUACUCUAGAAUUCGUUGCUAAGUUUGCUGCUAGCUUAUAUACAAUCACAGAUGACGAGUCGCAAGAAUCGGUGUGUCCUUUUCUCGUUAAGCUGUUUGAUUUUCUUUUGAAUAAUCACUCCGUGAAGGAGAUGGCGGUACGAUAUCGCAUUUGUCAAUUUUUAAAUAUAUUACUGUUUUCUAUGGGCGAUCAAGCAUUCAUAGAUGAUGCUCUGUGUGACAAAAUAACCAUCUCUAUGAUGGAUCGCUUAAUAGAUAAAUCUCCAAAAGUCAGGGCUCAGGCGAUCGCUGCUUUACAUAGACUUCAAGACCCUAUGGACGAUCAAUGUCCGAUCAUAAAAAUGUACAUGUUCCACGCUUCUAAAGAUCCUAAAUCAGAGGUUCGCAAAGCAGCACUGAUGUACAUGGGAAAAAAUCAAAGAACCUUGCAGGUAGCGUUAAGACGAACGAGAGAUGUAAACGAAGGCGUACGUAAAAUGGCGUACGAGUUUAUUAGUAAAAUUACUGUUAGAUCUUUGUCUAUUACGCAAAGAGAUCGUUUAUUGAACGACGGUCUGAAAGAUAGAUCUGAAAUAGUUAAGAAGUGUGUGGAAAAUGUUUUAUUGCCGUCAUGGUUAAGACAUUACGACGGGGAUUUUAUAAACUUAGUGAGGGCUCUGGAUGCUGAAAUUGGUACGGAUGUGUCUGUUCUCGCUCUAGAAACAUUAUUCAAGAGAAGCGCGUUGAACACGUUGAUAGAACAGUUACCUAUAAACAAAGAAACAAAAUUAAUUCCACUUGAUAAGUUAACUACGGAGAAUGUAUUGUAUUGGAGAUGUUUACUAAAAUAUCUUUAUCAGAACGAAUACACAGAAGAAUUGGAACAAGUUGUACCCGAAUUAUCCACGUUCUGUACAUACAUCUCUGAUUUUCUAAGAUCAAUGUCUACAAACCAAAGCGAGAUAUGGGUGAAUCACAUGCAGAAGUUCAUUCUUUUACAAUUGUUCGAGAUAACGACUACGUACGAUCUAUCCGACGAACUUGGACGAAAGAAAUUGAAAGAAUUGAUAUGCAACAACCUGUUGAGCAACUAUUGGUCCGUAAAAAUCAUUGGAUGCACAGUGACGCACUUACAAAAAGUUAUACCGGAUGUAAAUAGCAGAAUAGAUACCUUAGCUCAUAUAAUCAGUGACAUCAGAUUGCCUUUGAAAGAACCUUCCCAAGUUACUCAGAUCUCCGAAUACCAACUGGACGAGCUUAACGUACAAAAAGCAAGACUCAAGGUGAAAUUGUUGGUGCUGAAAGAUGAAGAAUACGAAGCUAUACAGGCUGGUCAGUUUUUGAAAGCGGACAGUCUGCAGAAAGAGAUAAACGCUUUGAAUCAAGAAAUAAUAAAAUUGUCAGUUCCUCCUCCUCCUCCUGCGACACCUGUCGAAGAGAUCAAAGAGAAAGACGAUCCUGAAACGAUGAUUAAAUGCCUGAGCAUAAUCUGCACUAUGAUGCAGCCUAUAAAUUCGUUGACGCCAACUCUUAGAGGUCUGAUGCAAAUAGGGUUCGACAGCUUAGAGCAUCCAGACGAUAACGUACGCGUACUGGCGAUUAAAGUAAUCGGUAUCAAUUGUAUAUUGGAUAAGGAGUUGGCGAAGAAGCAUCUCUUAACGUUGUUCCUACAGUUUUCUUUGGAGCAACAAAAUCAAGAAAUUUGGAUCGUAACUCUGAAAGGGAUCUUUGAUCUUUUAUUGGUGUAUGGUCUCGAAUAUUUUGACAUUUUAGUGAAUCGAAACGAACCUAUGAACAGGACUGAAAAAUCUCACAGUGUUAGGUUAUAUUCAGAUGCUGACAGAGAGGUUUCUUUAUCGUCGACGCAGAGGAUAGAUGAAAUAGGAGGAAAUAAUUGCAAUUUUAUCCAAGUUUUAGUGGGAUUAUUAGACAACGCAAACGAAGAAGUAAGAACGGUUGCCGGCGAAGGUAUCGCGAAGUUGUUACUUCAUAGACGGAUAAAUAGCUCUACUUUGUUAUCAAGAUUAAUAAUUUUAUGCUAUAACCCUGUGAACGAUGGGGAUUUUUAUCUUCGACAAUGUUUAUCUGCUUUCUUCAAUAACUUUUUAAUACGUGUGCCUGAGGGACAAAAAAUGUUUGAGGAAGCGUAUUUACCGACGAUGAAAUUGUUGUACACUGCACCAAACACCAGCCCUUUGCAAGAAAUCGAUCCUUAUCACAUAUCCAGAUUUAUACUGAAUAUGACAAGACAAGACAUUUUUAAACCUACACCGGAAACCUACUGCGCCCAUAAUAAUAUUGUUUUCAUUAUUUUGGGGGAAGUGUUGAAUCCAAAUAAUUUCAUCGACCAAGAAAUGCUCCUUCGAUCUCUACUGCACUUGCAUCUGAACAUAGACAGCGAUACGUUCAAAGAAAGAUUACAGAUAACUAUACAGAAAGUUUCAGAGACGAUAAACUCAUCUAAUAGACGACUAAUGAAGUACAUCGAACUGUUUAUAAGAAAAUUAGAAACUCCAAAUGUCCAUAUUCCUGAGGAUGAAGACACCGAAGAAGCUGAUGAUUGACAAUUAUUUUAUAAGUUGUACUAUAUGAAUAUAUUUUUAUUUAAUUUAGUUAUGUACCAUUGUCACGUGGACGUUUAUUAAAAUUUGUAUAUUUGUUA